AUGGACGGGAUCAAGGUAAAAAUAGUGGAUCUCUUCGCGUGUAUCGAGAAGAUCGAUGGAGAUUUUCUUAUCCUGAACGAGGAUAGAGUGUACAAGAUUCUACGAGACGGACGUCCGAAGAAGCCGAAAGUACUAGGAAGCCGGCAGGUUCAUCUUGAGGAGACGCGCACACCGCCCGCUAAGAGGCGCCACUCGCCUGCUCCACCGAGGGCACCGAAGCCACCAAAGCCCACUUCGUCUACUGCAACUCAGUCAAACUAG